CCGAAGAAGUGGUAUCGUUGGGAAAAAGGAGCGAGGUCGGAUGUUUUGUUGUGAAUGCGAUGGAAAGAUCACUUAGGGCUCUGAGUAUUGAUUCAUGUGAAGACUCCUCUAACUUGAGUGAGGCCAGCAAUGAAAACACUACGAAGUCAGCGCAAUCGAAGUCAAAUCCUGUAUUGAAGAAAUUGACAAGAAACCAGGACAUGAAAUUUAUGGAAAAUUUCAACCCUGAAACUAGUAACAGGGAGAAACGGAAACUGACACGAAAAAUCAGUCAUGGAGGGCGCAGGCAAGCUGCCAGUUUAUAUGAUGACAGAGGUAUCUAUAUUGCCACUGGAAAGGAUCUUUGUGAUUGCCUAGAUGAGACAUGUGUUGGCUGCCACUUCCCAUGCCCAAAAUGUCGUUCAAACAAAUGUGGGCAGGAGUGCAGAGUCAACAGGAAAUUUGUUUAUGAACAGAUAGAAAUUGAAGGCACUGACAUUGUCAUAAAAAACAAAUUUAAAUGAAAAGUAAACUUCGGCUGCCUUCUUUUGUGAAGAAGUUUUACAAUCUGCGUGCAUGGAAAUGUGCUUUCAGGUUUUAAAAUUUGUGUUAUUUACAGAAAGUGUCUGUGAAGUUAAAUUGUUUUUUAUCAUUACGGAAUGGUUUACCUUUUAUUGAAAUGAGGAACUUCAUUCUCAUAAAAGGAAUAGGCAAUUGAAUUGUGUGAUCGUUUGUUUUGUGAAGUAAUGUAUACAGGAAUUGAAUAUUCUUACAGAAUUAAUAUAUCAAAGUAUGACUGAAAUACUGUGACAUCUUAUAUGCUAUUGGUUUGUACAGCAGAAUCUAAGUUGGAGAUGUCAAUUCCAAUAUUGAUGUGAACAAAUAAAUAUGUAACUCUAA